GCCUUUCCAUGGGCCAUCUGUCUCCCCGCCAGCCGCCGCCCCACCGCCGCCCGCGCCCCGCGCUCCGCCUCCCGCCCCGGCGGCUCCCGCAGCCCCGCCGCCGCCCGCGCCCGCGCCCCGGAGCCGCGCCACAAAGGGCCCGCGCGCAGCCGCCGCCGCCGCCGCGCGAGGAGCCAGGAUGGUCCUGGUCCACGUCGGCUAUCUCGUGCUUCCAGUGUUUGGCUCUGUGCGAAACAGAGGUGCCCCUUUUCAAAGGUCUCAGCAUCCUCACGCUACCUCCUGCCGCCACUUCCACCUGGGCCCCCCGCAGCCGCAGCAGCUCGCGCCCGACUUCCCCCUGGCCCACCCAGUGCAGUCGCAGCCGGGCCUCAGCGCCCACAUGGCCCCGGCCCACCAGCACAGCGGCGCCCUGCACCAGUCGCUAACCCCGCUGCCCGCCCUGCAGUUCCAGGACGUCACAGGUCCCUCCUUCCUACCUCAGGCCCUGCACCAGCAAUACCUCCUGCAGCAGCAGCUCCUGGAAGCCCAGCACCGCAGGCUCGUCUCGCACCCCAGGCGGAGUCAGGAGCGCAUGUCUGUCCACCCCCACCGACUCCACCCCAGCUUCGACUUCGGCCACCAACUCCAGACGCCUCAGCCCAGGUAUUUGGCUGAGGGCACCGACUGGGAUCUCAGUGUGGACGCCGGCUUGAGUCCUGCUCAGUUCCAGGUGCGGCCCAUCCCUCAGCACUAUCAGCAUUACCUAGCGACUCCUCGAAUGCACCACUUUCCCCGAAACUCCUCCUCCACGCAGAUGGUCGUCCAUGAAAUCCGAAACUACCCUUACCCUCAGCUUCACUUCCUUGCUCUCCAGGGACUGAAUCCCAGCAGACACACCUCCGCCGUGCGGGAGAGCUAUGAGGAGCUGCUGCAGCUCGAGGACAGGUUGGGAAAUGUGACUCGGGGAGCUGUACAGAACACCAUUGAGAGGUUCACCUUCCCCCACAAGUACAAGAAGCGAAGACCCCAGGAUGGCAAGGGCAAGAAGGAAGAGGGGGAGGAGUCAGACACAGAUGAGAAAUGCACAAUCUGUCUGUCUAUGCUGGAAGAUGGAGAAGAUGUGAGGCGCUUACCCUGUAUGCAUCUCUUUCACCAACUAUGCGUGGACCAAUGGCUCGCCAUGAGCAAGAAAUGCCCCAUCUGCCGAGUGGACAUUGAGACACAACUGGGAGCCGACAGCUGAGGGAAGAAUUAGCCAGUGGACGCCCCAUUUUCCUUCACCAGGUCCCCCCACGGCCAUAGCCCUUGCAGCCAAACUUUGCCUUCUGAGCCAUUUGAUGUAGAGGAUAAGCCUGCAAGCACAUUUUGUGGAAAGAGGAGUUGGUGGUAUCAGUGUCUGAGGGAAAGGAGGGGGUGGGGGGAGGACCCACCCAUCCAGAAUGGUGACUGCCCCCAUCUGCCUCGCCUCAUGGGAGGGAGGGAGCUG